AUGUGGUUGAAUGAAUCGUUCACAGAUGGCUUCAUCCUUCUGGGCAUCUUCUCCCAGAGCCAGACCGACCUUGUCCUCUUCUCGAUGGUCAUGGUAGUCUUCAUUGUAGCUGUCUGUGGGAAUGUCCUCCUCAUCCUUCUCAUCUACACUGAUUCACGACUUCACACUCCCAUGUAUUUCUUCCUCAGUCAGCUUUCCUUCAUGGACCUUAUGUUGAUCUGUAACUCUGUACCCAAGAUGGCCACCAACUUCCUGACAGGCAAAAAGUCCAUCUCCUUUGUGGGCUGUGCCAUCCAAAUUGGCUUUUUUGUCUCUCUGGUGGGGUCUGAAGGGCUCCUGCUGGGUCUCAUGGCUUAUGAUCGCUAUGUGGCCAUCAGCCACCCGCUUCACUACCCCAUCCUCAUGAGCCACAAGGUCUGCCUCCAGAUUGCUGGGAGCUCCUGGGCCUUCGGCAUCGUGGAUGGUGUGAUCCAGAUGGUGGCAGCAAUGACCUUUCCUUACUGUAAAUCAAGGAAAGUAGAUCACUUCUUCUGUGAGGUGCCAGCUCUGUUGAAGCUGGCCUGUGCAGACACGUCUCUCUUUGACACCCUGCUCUUUGCUUGCUGUGUCUUCAUGCUCCUCCUCCCCUUCUCCAUCAUUGUGGCUUCCUAUGCACGAAUCCUUGGGACAGUGCUCCGUAUGCGCUCUGCUCAGGCCCGUAAAAAGGCUCUGGCCACCUGUUCCUCCCACCUCACAGCUGUCUCCCUCUUCUAUGGGGCCGCCAUGUUCAUCUACCUGAGGCCUAAGCGCUACCGAGCCCCAAGCCAUGACAAGCUGGUGUCUCUCUUCUAUACGGUCCUCACCCCCAUGCUCAACCCCCUCAUUUACAGCCUGAGGAACAGGGAGGUGAUGGGGGCCCUGAAGAAGGGGUUAGACCGUUGCAAGAUUGGCAUCACGUUUUGA